AUGGAUGACUGCUUCCGUUCGUGUUAUGAGAACGUCAAUUGCAUGUACAAUGAAUAUAAGAAUGACAAAUGCUCGAUUUUCGCCUCUGGAGAUGUCAAGCACUCAUUCAAAGGAGAGGCGUACACUAUCGGAAGAGAUAAAAUUGAUGAGAGCUGUGAACGGGAAGUAGUCCUUGAUGAAUCAAGAUCAAAGAAGAGUUUCGUUCCAGCACUUAAUCAAGAAGGUAAUCCAGACGUAUCCUGGAUCGGAUUGAGACUUAGGGGACCAUGUGAUCCUUCUUCUCGUCUGAAAUAUUGGUGGGAUGGUUCGGAUGUCAAUUUCCAAUAUUGGAAUGAAGGAGAACCAAACAAUGUAUACUGUAUUGAAAACUCAACGGCUAUGCAACCGGAAGGAAAGUGGGCCGACUAUCCGGAUUACUACUCGUUCAACUUUAUUUGUCAAACUGAAAGUAUUGUCUACUGCUCUAAACACCUUUAUUGUCGUAUUUUCUACUUAAAAUAUGAUUCGAAAUUGCAGCGAAAUGGUAGCACUCCGUGUUAUUUGGUUCAUCGUACUGAUUGGCUGGAACCAGGUCCGCCGGUCAUCAGUAUCAGAGACUACACUAUCUGCUGCGGCAAUGCUGAUGAAAGGAAUGUAGGUGGCAGCGGUAUAGCUGUGAAGAACGAUUACAACAACAUGGUGGAGGAAUUUGGUUCAACGUCGCUCAGAUGCUUCUUUGUACGAAUGCUGUAUUGCAGAGGACAUAAUCUCUGGAUGGUAAGCGCCUACGCACCUACGGAGACAGUAGUACUUUCUUCCCUAACCGAAAAUCGACAUCCCACGUCUGAGAGACGAAGAAUAGAGAACAAAAUUCCGCCAACGGAAGAUACGGUUCAAAUGCGUCGGAAGAUGUUCGCCUUUCAAUGGGAGAAGACAAGAUUCACGUACAAUUCUGCAUUUUUCGCCCCUAUCACUUAUGAUUUCGACCAUGAAACGCGUCUGAAAAUGAAGUUCCGUCGUUUAGUGCAAGAAGAUCGCGACAACAAGUGGACGUCAAGAGCAAAGUGGACAAAAAGAUGUUCUACAUUCCUCAGCACUGCCAAUGGAGUGGCUGUUGUUGAAGCAACCCUACCAAUUCAGGGACACCACUUCAGUACACUGCUGGACCGGCAAACCCCAUCAGCUCUUGAACUCGAGCACGUUCAUAGACAGAUAUAUGCGGUCGACGAGGAACCACCUACCCAGUCGGAGGUUCUGAUCUCUGCUGAACUAGCUUGCUCUUUCUGGAAGAUGGAAAAGAACGAGAAAAAGACGGCUAAGAUGUUACGCACGGAUCCAAAUGUAACAGAGGAUGACUGCUUUCGUUCGUGUUAUCAGGAAAUCGGCUGCAAGUACAUCCAGUACGAGAAUAAUUCUUGCGAGCUCUUUACGGCCGACGAUACUUCUCAGCUCAUGUUCGCAAGAGAGGCAUACGUUAUUGGAAGAGGCGCAGAGAUUGAUCCGAGCUGCAAACGUGAAGUCGUCCUUGACCAGCCAAGGUUGACGUCCCUUCCUACCUCAUCGGAACUUGACCGGCAGACAUCAUCGACAGACGUUACAGGUGUGAAACUGCAAGCCACUCCGGCAGCUGAAGUCGAUGGUUGGGUCUACUACAAGGCAACGAAUAUGUGCUACAAGAUAUUCGACGAUUAUUCAAAUUUUGAUGAGGCAGAGAAGAAUUGCAAUGGGUACGAUGGACACUUAGCAUCCAUUCAUUCUAUGGAACACAAUCAAUUCCUUCUAGCACUUGAUCCAAACAUGGAUGAAGACGACGCAGACGCCUGGAUCGGGUUGAAGAUUGAGGGACAAUGUGAACUUCAUUGGAUGGACGGUUCGGAUCUCGAUUUUCAAAACUGGGUUCAAAGACAACCAGACUGUAAUAAAACAUCCACGCUUAUGAUGUCUUCUGGACAAUGGUACACCGAAAAUGGUCACCACGGCAAUCCCUUCGUUUGCGAAACUGAAAGCACUAUCUACUGCCCUCAACAUGUGACUUGA